AUGAAACUUUUACUUCUUGCUGCUAUCCUUGGAGCCACAGCUGCUGCUCCUCUGGAAGACAGGAUCAUUAAUGGUUAUGAAUGUCAACGUCAUUCUCGGCCUUGGCAGGUGUUUAUAAGCUUCAAUGGAAACCGUUGGUGUGGAGGAUCUUUGAUUAAUCAGUGGUGGAUUGUAUCAGCUGCCCACUGCUAUCAGCCAGCGAAUACCCUUCUCGCCUGGCUUGGAGACCAUGACGUCAGUGUACAAGAUGGUACAGAACAGUACAUAAAUGUUGCCAAAGUAAUUGCCCACCCAAAUUACAAUGCAGAUAACCUUGACAGUGACAUUAUGUUGAUCAAGUUAGCCCAACCUGCAGUCCUAAACCAGUAUGUUCAGACCAUACUAUUACCUCGACAGUGUGUUGCUGCAGGUACUUGGUGCAUUGCUUCAGGAUGGGGCAAUCUUAUAACUGAUGGAGUGGUAUAUCCUAAUGCUUUGCAAUGCCUGAACCAGCCAAUUAUCUCGGAUGAUGUAUGCCGCAGUGCAUAUCCUCCAUAUUUCACAAACAAUAUGAUGUGUUCAGGAUUCAUGGAAGGAGGACAGAGUACCUGCCAGGGAGAUUCUGGUGGUCCCCUUGAAUGCAAUGGAGAACUGCACGGUGUUGUUUCCUGGGGCUAUCAAUGUGCAAUGGUGGGACACCCCAGUGUUUUUGUCAAGGUCUGCAGAUUCAUUGACUGGAUUAAUAACAUUAUUACAUACAAUUAA